GAAUAGGUGGGCUUCAUGCAUCAAAAACUAAACCACAAAAACAGCGAUUGGAAUAUUUCACAGCUCAAGUUUCGUCUGUCAGCUGAUUCGUGUUGGCGAGCAUUAAAAAAACAAGGAAAACACAGAAAGAUGGCCGCUGAGAUUCACUCCAGGCCCCAGAGCUCCAGACCAGUUCUUUUAAACAAGAUCGAGGGCCACCAGGACACUGUCAAUGCGGCGGUUUUUAUCCCGAAAGAAGAUGGGGUGAUCACCGUGGGAGAAGACAGAACAAUACGAGUAUGGCUGAAGAGAGACAGCGGGCAGUAUUGGCCAAGCAUCUACCACACUGUAUCCUCGCCUUGUUCAGCCAUGUCAUAUCACCAUGACGGCAAACGUCUUUUCAUUGGACAGGACGACGGAGCAAUAAUGGAAUUUGAAAUCUCUGAAGACUUUAAUAAGAUCACAUUCGUCAAAACCUACCCAGCUCACCAGAGCCGUGUUUCUGCCAUUGUGUUUUGCCCGGAGUGCGAGUGGGUAAUCAGCACCGGCCAUGAUAAGAGUGUGAGCUGGAUGUGUUCGAGGAGUGGCAGCAUGCUGGGGAGACACUACUUCAGCUCCUGGGCCUCCUGCUUACAAUUUGAUCAUGACACAAAGCAUGCCUUCGUUGGGGAUUGCUCUGGGCAGAUCACGUUGCUGAAACUGGACCAGAACACCUACUCCAUCAUCACCACACUGAAGGGACACGAAGGCAGUGUAGGAUCUCUGUACUGGGACCCUGCCCAGCGGCUGCUGUUCUCUGGAGCGUCUGAUCACAGUGUUAUCAUGUGGGACAUUGGGGGCCGGAAAGGAAGAACACUGCUGCUUCAGGGCCACCAUGAUAGAGUCCAGUCCCUGUGUUAUCUGCAGCUCACCCGGCAGCUGGUCUCCUGUGCUUCCGAUGGAGGGAUCACAGUGUGGAACAUGGACAUCAGCAGAGAAGAGGCUCCUCAGUGGCUGGAGAGUGACUGCUGUCAGAAGUGUGAGCAGCCCUUUUUCUGGAACCUGAAGCAGAUGUGGGACAGUAAAACCAUCGGCCUUCGACAGCAUCACUGCAGGAAGUGUGGCAAAGCCGUGUGUGGGAAGUGCAGCUCAAAGCGGUCGACCUACCCGGUAAUGGGCUUCGAGUUCCAGGUGCGCGUCUGUGAUACCUGCUACGAGACCAUCAAAGAGGAGGACCGUACCUCCCUGGCCACGUUUCAUGAAGGCAAACACAACAUCAACCACAUGAAUAUGGACUCCUCCAGGGGGCUCAUGGUGACCUGUGGGAGUGACCGGGUUGUAAAGAUCUGGGAUAUGACACAGGUGACUGGCUGUAGCUUAGCAACAGGCUUCUCUCCCCGCUGAGCAUCAUUAUCCUGCCGAGCCGUACCCCAGCCCUGCGGACAGAAAUUACCAUGGAAACACUGUCCCUUUUAAACCCUUUCCUUCUGGAACACUUGACAUUUCAACACAACCACUGCUUUGAAGACAUAUUUAAAGUCGCACUGCUUUAUGACUUCUGGGUCACUUCGGGCAGAAAGUUAUACAUUCAUUAUACAUUCAAUUAGAAACUCUGUAAAGCACUGCAUAGUGGAUAUGGCAUUGCCCGAGAAAUCAGAUGCUUCUUGUUUUAAGCAGAUUACUCAAUGUAUUGGCUCCUCAGAUUUUUAUACUAUUGGGCAGUCAACUUCUAUUUUUAUGACACAAAAAAUUGACCAGGACACAGUGAAGGCAAUGAAGUUGCAAUAUACAGCUAUGGCCAAAAGUUUUGCGUCUGAAUCGUAAAAUUCUAGGUGGUGCAAAACUUUUGGCCAGAGCUGUAUUCUGUGUUACUAUUAGAACUUCUGAUUUGUACUCCAAAAAGAAAUAAAUAUUAAAGAGAAGUAUUUUAUUGGGAUCCUUUGUAGUAAGGGUUGCCCCUGCAUAUAUGUGUGUGAGUAAAUCUGUAAUAAAGAGUAAACUUGUUGCCUCAUGCAACUGUUCUGGAUGCAGGAAUAUAGUGGUUUAAAAUAAAAAUGAUACUCCAGUUGAGAAAAUAGCUUGUGCAGGAAACGAGAUUCUCUUUGUUGUGACGCAUCAUGCUUUUUCUGCUCUUACCGGCUUCAUAUUAUUGUAAAAAAAUUCUUUAUUGUGGUUAAAAAAAAAAAAAAAAAACCCAGCAAGAAUAGUUUGUAAUAAACUGACACACCUCACCCUGAGCUCUUUUUCCAUUAAUAUUGAAUUUAAAGUUUGCUGUUGGUAGUUUACAUUAAGUGAAGAUGUUGACCAAGCAUCUUUGACAGAAGCACACAAGGUUUAUAAUUUAUAUUUGGUAAUUUGUUGACUGAAGGCAAUUUACUGCUGAUCUAUCUGAAGCUGAGCCGCGCUGUCAGCACCAACAUAAAAAUGUACCAGGACUAGAUUGUUUAAAUUUAGAGAAAUAUUUAGCAGUUGUGUCCUGUCCGAACUAUCACAUGUUAAAAGAUGCUUAAGUACUAUAUAAUGACAUUGGUAUUACUCUAAGUACUAUGUACCUACAUAAACAAAAAUAAAGACAAUUCACACAGUUGGCUUAUAUAAUAUAUGGAUGCACUGUUAGAAAUGUGUCACAAGUUAGUUUGUUAAACAGACAGGUGUUAUUGUUGAAAAUGGGGCGUACUGUAUAUUGCACAUAUGUUAAGUACUUCCAGAGUAUAAUAGUACAUGUGUUUUUCCAUAGUACAUAGUAUUGUAUCAAGUGCCAGUCCAUAGAAGUCCCCCGCAGGUAAUUUAAGGUGACUUGUUGAUGGUUCAUUAUAGUCUUCAGUUUUUUUUUCCUGGGGUAUUGCAGAUAAAAUCAUCAGUGUUGUUAAUCACUGCACUGGAAAGUAAGAGUCCAGUCUUCAGAGCCAAUGUCAGAUUUAAUAUGUUGAUGCUCAUAUAUGGUAGGUUUGUAAAUGAUUGUUUCCUAGUUGCUUUCUGAUUGACCUAGUUAUAGCUCUCACAACCCUAGCCUGUAGGAAAUGUUCUGAGUUGUUUUUUCAUCUUUGUCUUAAUUAAUUUUAACUGAAUCAAAUUAAAAAGGAGUGCCUCGUUGUCAACAAGUGAAUGCACUGGUUGUGCACGAUUUUGCUUUCGAAUGGCACUUAAAAUAUGUUUUUACAUGAAAUUGUCUUGUAGUGAUGUGCUAAUUGGAGACCUGAGAUGAUAAUUAAGCUGCAUUAGCUCAACUGGAUACAUAUAUAAAAAAGCCAAUAUGUACAAUACAUAAUCUCACUCACAAUUACAACUAGAUUCACUGCAGUGCAACCAUCCCAGCCAGGCAUUUCAGGAUCACUCGCUCAUACCUGAUUCAGGGUGGUGGGGUGCCUUUUAUAAAUGGCCAUUGUGUGGAUGAGGAAGAUUUAGGGAUUCAGAAUGCAUUAAGAAGCUGUGUUCAUGUCACGCUGUGUGCCCCCUUUGUUGUACAUAGUGGCUUUCUAAUGUAAUGACAGUUCUGAGAACUGUUAACAAUGUUCUUAACCUGUGUUAACGAUUAAUUUCUAUUGAAAUGGUACUGUACUAAAUACUGCUGCAACGCUAACAGACCAAUGUAUUCUACACUGUCACAUUUUACAAUAAAUUAUAACUUCUCAGUA